GUGGCCUUGGGCAUCACAUGCAAAUCAUACGCAUACGCAUGCACAUGGGCGGGCAGCUGGCGAGAUGCUGGCUGACUGCCCUGCACGCCAUCCCAUUCUACAGCAAUAGACUAUCUUUUUUAACUUUGAUAUACACCAUGGGCGCAGGGCUACAGCGGCGCCUGGCGGUCAGGUUACCACUACGUCUUCUGUCACCCGCCAUGGCCGGGCACCAGCCCAUGCACUCGCCCCCUCAGGAGACGCGCUGCCCACGCCCAUGCCGUGCCGUCGCCGAGUGUAAAGAUAAAAUGGAAAAAUGGGAGGCUGUCACUGCGACAGCUCCCCCCCGUCCUGACGCGUCGCGCGUGACAGAAUUAUGUCCCUGCUUUCAGGUCAUCACCGCAUCAUGGAAGCCGCCGAAGCGUCCCUCGUGAUGAUGGUUUUAGAAGAGGAUGGCUCGCUCUGGGCCGGUGUCCGAGUUGCCAGCUGCGUGGGGAAAAAGCGUCGAGCUGGCAGAGAUUUCGAAGUCCG